AUGGCCAUAUACUCGUGCUGGAUAUUCAACAGACAUUGCAACUGCGUCUACAGCAGGGAAUGGGAACCAAAGAUCCCCACCGCAGGAAGCAGGCUUUUCUCGCCUUUCACCAACAAUAGCAGCACCAGCACCAGCACCAAUUCCACCACAACUUCUUCGUCUACCGUAAAUCAGACCGCCUCUACUUCUAAAAACGAAUUGGGAAACGGCUUGACAAAUGUCUCCAAUCAAAACGACAAGGCCAAACUUCUAUUCGGGGCGAUCUUCUCUCUACGUAACAUUGCCUCGAAAUUAUACUCGCCAAAAAACAACCAUGAUCCUAAUGAUGAACUGAUCAAUCCUAACCUGAUAUCUAACUACUUGACCACUUUCUCCACAAAUAAUUACAGAGUCCACUACUUUGAAUCGGCAUCUAAUUGGAAAAUCGCCUUGAUCUCCGACCCAAAAUGCCAGGACUUGCAAUCUGCCUUGAACUUUAUUUACGUGCAAUUGUUCAAUGAUUUUGUUGUGAAAAAUGCUUUGAGUCAAAUCGAUUUUGACGAAGGAGAAUAUAUUGAUAAUCCAGCAUUUAUAAAUGGUCUUGAUAAUUACGUUACAUCGUUACCUGCAUUUACUUCUUGA